ACUUUCUUUUCUAGUACGGCAAAUAGACGGUUUUUAAACUGUUUCAGACAUCACGAAAAAAAGAAGAAACGGAUGAAUAUGACGUCAGUUAAAGAAGAAACACCCGGUAAACCCGUUCGUGAUGUUGACCUUACUGCUGCAGGCCGUGGCGUGUGGCUGGUUAAGGUUCCUAAGUAUCUCUCUGAGAAAUGGAAGAAAACAUCUGGGAAGAGUGAAGUUGGUCGGUUGAAGAUCACAAGAUCCAAGGUUCCUAACACGAUGCCAGAAGUGACCUUCUCAUUGAAUGAAUCACAGGUGAAACAAGAACUACCUGGUCAGCUAAGUGCAACACCUACAGAUCACAAGUUUCGCUUGACCGGUGUUGGAAAUCAAAAUCUUGUUGUAUUCUCUGAAGAUAGAGUGACUUCACCAGGUCCAUCAGCAGAGGAAAUCACAGAAAAGAUUGCUAUAGAAGGAAAAGUUAUACAGCGAGCGGAGUGUAGACCUGUGGCUAUUGCCGACUUGAGUUACCUCAAAUUGAAAAAACUACAAGUGGUUUCAAGCAAUAAACCGAAAAGGGAAAUUAAAAAGAUUGGAAAAGUUGUUCCAAACAAACCCAUCAGCCAUCAUGCAACUGAGGUUGCCCAUCAGAAGAAGAUGAAAGAGGAAGGCAAGAGAAUACGUCAAGAUAAAGAUCAAGUUAUGGAUAAAUUAUUUGAGAUAUUUGAAAAACAUCAAUAUUACAAUAUACAAGAUCUUGUCAGGCUUACUAGUCAACCUAUUGUAAGUACAGUUUCACUUUUUGUCCCCCGCCUUUUCAAAGAAAAAGGGGGAUAUAGAAAUAGGCUCCGUCCGUCCGUCUGUCCGCUCUCACAGGACAGUAAUAAUGUGGCUUGAGAGACAGUAGGUAAC